UCGUUGCCAUCAGUCUCUCCCGGUGUUUCAUACAAUCUGGUUCGGCGGCGCGUGGGAACACUAGCAACACUAGCGCCAUCCAUCAGUUCAGGAACAUAUUUUUCCUUUGGCCAGAUCUCACAGGCACAGCUGCGCUCGUCAAAAGUGCGUGAUAAUCUCGUUAUUCACGUUACGCUCUUGCGGAUUUCGAGGACCAUUCAUACAAUCAAUUCUGUGCCAGGCUAUUGUUAGAACUCGUAUCUUCAUCCCAAUAUCGCGGUAGACUGUUAGAAGAACUCUCAGGAAAAUCUUUCGAACGAAUCUGUUUGACACAAUAGGAAUAGCCUACUGCGGCAGGUGAAAAUUAAAAUAAAAUUCGAUUCUUGAAGCUCCUGUGAAGAGCAGCAGGAAGAAAAAAACCGAAGAGAACAGCAAAAGUUGCGCUGGGCCAGUGUGGGUGGUUGGAAGAGUGUAUGUUGCUUUGGUAGGUGGAAGGGUGCUAUUUUGGCCCGUUGUCAAGUGGUUUGCUCUCUUUUCUUGUGCGGUGCGGUGCGGUGUCUGGCAUCCCCCGAACGAAAGAACGAACGAAUCCAUCGCUCGACGCUCAGCUGGUUCUCAUCGUGUCAUUGGAAGAAGAAGCAUGCUUUUCCGACUGCUGCCAUCAUCGGGGUGAACUAGGUCUUCUUUCCGGCGUGUGUCAUUCGGCAACUGAUUUCGACUUCUGACCAGCAAAUAAUCAACAGCAAUUGUUUGUUUGUUUGUUAUGGCCUUAUUAAAGUGGAUAUGUUUUUGCUAGACAUCAGCAGACACCGAUCGCAUGAGCUGGGCCACCACGUGUCAUACGAAGUGAUAAACACAACACAAUACCUACAACCUUUAUUUCAGUAUUGACGACCGAAUGGGACUACCUGAGUAAGUUUUAAAUUUUUAAUUAAGCUGUCCCUUCUCACAGUCACAUUAGUGUUAUCCUGGAGGAAGUUGUUGGAAACCAAAAGUUGGUUAGUGCCAUUUAGGGGAAGUAAUAGGGAAAGUGGUGGUGUGUCUGGCUGUUGUGAUUCGCGCUGCCAGUUUCAGGAAAGCGAGUGAGCGAUUUGAAUUUUUCAACAACAUCCCUCAAAUGGUGCAGAGGUUCCGAAAGUUUAUGGCCCAACACGGAAGAAACGAGCUUCGGUACUUUUGAAGACAGAAGACGAAAGUUGCCUUGAUUGAAUCCAGAUAAUCGUGACGACUCGACGACAUUUUUGACGCCCACGUCAAUCUAUCCACAGAAUAGAUGCCUCACACAAUACGCCAAUCAAUAGCCCAACAAAAUAAAACGGGUGAAUAAUCGCCAACAAAACAACCGAAAUAGAUAUACAGCCAAUAAUCCAUCAUCUAGCCAAAUAAUUCGUGCGAAAAACACGGAAAAAAUAACACCAGUAAAGAAAACAAAAUUUCGACAACUUAUACAUAAUUUAGAUACGAAAGUUUGAACAACAGAAUAAAAAACAAACAAUUUUAUAAAAAAUUCUGUCGUGUGUAGCGGAUUCUAUCGUAAAUAAAUCGACAUGGAACGUAAGCUUCUGUAUGCCUUCCGGGGCUGGAUCGCGUUUGUGGCCUUCAUGGAUCUCGGAACGGCAGUCAGGUGCUACAUCGAACGGAGGAGCUUUUUGGGGGACCAUUCCGAGACACAUUUCAUUGAAGGCGACUUCACCAUAUCCAGGAUACUGGGAAUUUAUUGCAUUUUAAAGGCGGUGGCUCUUGUCCACUGCACUCUGUACAUUCACUACAAACCCGUUGUCAGUAUGGGUGGCUGCUCGCUGGCAAUCACCAUGAUGCUCUACAUCACCGAGGCCUUGUACUUCCGCUCAACGACGCUCAACUUCUACGUCAUAUUUCCCUGCAUCCUGAACUCGAUGACUCUGAUCGGGCUGCUCUACAUUCCUCGGCGUUUGAGGCUCUGGCAGCAACGGCACGGCUCGGACAACGACGACGAAAAUUCCCAGCUGCUAAAGCAAAUGGGUGGCUUCAAGAAGCGCUCCCGAGCGCACAAAAAUAAAGCCACCUGAAUCCUGAUGGACUGGCUGGGGAUGAUGGUCUAGCGGAGCGGAACCACCCUAGUGCAAUAGAUUGUACGUUUGGCAUUUGGCUACAGGUUUGCAGUUGAAUUAGUAGAUAUUUUAUAGUGGAACCAAAAAUCGGAUGCAUUUUCGGGAAACCUCGUUUCGAGGUCAUUUUUCUUCUCUUAAUUCAGGUAAGCUAAGCUUAACGAUUUUCCCUAGAACUCAUCAUUAUUCCAUAAUCAUUUACCAAGAUUUAUGAACGAAUAUCGCAAAUCAUAGUUUAAAUAGUGAAAAUACUACGACCAUUAUUGUUGAACAAAAAAAAUCUAUUACAUUAUUGUAUAUUCAACUAAAAUAACACCAUCACUAUUUUACAACAACACCAAAACCUUAAACUUAAUAUAAAUUGAAAAAAAAAAUGCAAUGUCAAACGAGCGCCAAUCUGUUCAUGCAAGCAGCACAUGAUUGCGUGAAAGUAAAAACAAAAUCAUAUAUUUACCAUCAAGUCACCAUCUAGCGCCCAGUAAGGCGGUUUUUCAACUUCAAACAUGUGUAAUAAAACUAUGCCAGAUUUGUAUUCACUAUCUUUGCCAAUAAAUCCCAAAACAUGCUCUACUUUCAAUAAAAAAUUAAGUGGAAAUCGAAAAAGUACUCCUUUGAAACUAAUUUAUCAAACUUGAGCUGUUUAAUUGGCCCUAUUACGUUCUCUGUGCUAUUACCGCGCACUCGAGUUUUUUCAGUACCGAUGAUGUUUUCUUGAGGAAAAAAUAUCUCAGAAGAAGAAAACUGUUCUUGUUAGCAUUGUUCUUGUAAGGAGCUGUCAGAACUAUAUUUUGGAUCUAGAGAGCGUGCAUUUUGUGAAAAAUUUUCCGCAAGUUUAAUACAACUUUUAACAAAGUGCGUUGACUGACAAAAUAAUUCCCGGCGAACAGGCUCAAGUAACCGGUUACAUUCAGCGAUAAAACACAAUUUUCUAUCAUAAUCAAACUACCUACAUAUAACUUACACAUAUUCUACAUUACUUGCGACAAAAACAACGAAAAUUUGUUGGUUCUUCAGUACCAAGGAAAAAAUUAUUUCCAAUUUUGUAAACGCUCCUUUAUUCGUACGAAUUGAUGGACACGUUUUAAAAUUCUACAAAAACAAUAAAUUGUAAUAGGUAAACUAUAAGGUUUGUUUGUUUUGCUUACGUUUAGUAGCUUUUUCCUAUAUGGUUGCCUUCUGUCUGAAUUUCAGCUAUUUGCCUCCGUUAGCCACCUUUAAUAUUUAUUAUGCUAGGUUAAAUUUGAAUUCAGCUAUUUCUCAAUUAAUUUCUCACCUAUACUCGACAAAGCUCUCGGAUGACGUGAUAGUUUGGGAACUACUUACUUCUGUAGUGUUUCCGUAUAGCCUAGAUUCAGAAGUUACGAGUUAUUCAAACCACUUAAACAUUACACGUACGCCUACCUGCACUCGAGCGAUUACACCUUUUCCACCUCCGUGCCACUAGUUUAAGUAAGAACUUUAACACUAUUUAGCCCUGAGCUCAAAGAUUAGAUACAAAUAAGGAGCUUUGCUGAUGCAACCUUUACACUAAGCGCGAUUUACUUCUUGUGUUUUGUUUUUGUUUAUCUUCAUUCCCUUUCCCGCUUAAUUAGUAAAAUUCACUUCUCACGUAAGUGUGAACUCAUAUUUCUAAUUGUAGAACUGUCAAUUGAGAUUGGGUGCGUUCAAUACCGUUUUCGGUAUCGAACGUCAGUUCAGUGACAGUGCGUGAUCGGUCAAUAGGAACCACCAAUUAUCGCUCAUCACAAAAGGCGUCAAAAACAAGAACUAUUGAAAAAUUGAAAACUUUGAAUCAACCAUUUUUUGCAUUUAAACCCAUACUUUCUUCAGUUCCUCGACUGUCUUCACUACCUCAGGUCGUUUAAGAAGGUGCUGCUUCAUAAUCUGCCGCUCAUAGCAAGUCCGUCCCAUUUGCGUAUUCAUCAUUUCUCAGUUUAUCGCUGGAAACACUUUUAUUUUACCUGUAAUUUCAAGAGAAAUUUUGUUUUCAGUUCUUUGUUCUGAUAAACAUUGAAAAAAACCUCAAGUAAUUUUGUCCCAUUCAACAAAUGAUCGCAAGUCGGUCUCAUAUGGCAUAAAUCAUCGCAAGUCGGACCCACAGCCAUAAGGGCCUAGCAAAUGAUUUUCAACAGAAUCAUAAAAAAAUCCUUAUAAAGCGAGAAUCUUUCAUUAGCCGUAGCAGUGACAGAUUUUGUUGAUCACUUUGAUUAAAAAUGCAUAGAAAUGCCAAAUUACCGUUGGACUUUUUACGAUUUUUCAAUGCCGUUUUCUCAUUUCAACAAAAACGCAAAUGGGACGGAUUUACUAUGAGCGACAGUAAUCGCCCAGUACUCCGCUCCGGAGGGGCGUAGGGAGAGUUGAACAUUUUCGCCACGAAAUUGACCUUAUUGUCCGUAUAGCACUUCAGCACGUCCUUGGAGUAGUGGCAUGAGUCCAAAUCCGGCCAGAAGAUUGUUGGGACGUUGUGGGCCUUCAGGAGAGGAAGCAGCCGCUACUGGAGGCACUCUUCCAUGUACACCUGUCCGUCCAUCGUGUCAUGGGUCACGAAAGGUGCACUCUGCUUCCCGCACGUGCAGAUGGCUUGCCAAACCAGGAAUUUAUUCGCAAAUUUGGACAUCUUCUGAGCGCGGACAUGCUCCGAAACGCUGAACUUAUCCUUGGUUGCCGGGGAUUGGUUUGAAGUCAGCCUUCACAUAUGUUUCGUCGUCCAUGGCGCAGCAUUCAACUUUCGUCAGCAUGUUGAGGUACAACUUCCUGGUACGGGUUUUGGCAAACUUGUUCUGCUUCUCGUUGCGAUUAGGGGCCUUUUGUACCUUGAACGUUCGAAGCCCAGCCUUACUUUUGGAUUUUAUCACGAACGAGCUAUGAAAUGGAGCAAUUUCAUAGUGUGGUAAUUUGACCGGAAACAAAAAACAAAAUAUUUUAUAUCUGGCUAGCUAAUUAAGUGAUGUUUUUUCAGUGAAAUUGUAAAAGAAUGAUGCUAACGCAGAAUAUAUGUCAUAUUUUUGGGCAAAACAUCAAAGUUUUUUUAAACAAACAUAUUGAAGGGUGAUUUUGGGCGGAUGGUGUCUGGGCGAUAGAUGGCUACUUGAUGGUAUAAAAAUAAUGCAACACAAUGUGAAAAAUAAAAGCUUUAAUACAUUUAUACAAUUUGUAAUCGAAAACAAAGACGAGAAAUAGUAGAACGGAAGCAAUUGACCAAGUGCAGCAAGAAUACAACAAAAACAUACACAACAAUGAUGAAAGGUUAAUUACACUCUAGCAAUUGCGGAAAACAGAAUGAAAAUAAUGUUUAGGCUAAUAAAGUAGGUAUCGUAUAAAUUUAAUUCACGAGCAAACGCGUACAGAAAAAUUACUAUAUAAAACCAAUGACUAGUGCGGAACAAUUAUAUAAAAAAAGAAAAAAGAUGAUUGAAAUUAAACCAGUUUAAAUUGUAGCUGCAUCGUUGGGUGAGCAAGUUCGUAUAAAUAGUUUAUUUAUUUAUUUAUUCAAUGAAAAUGACCACAUUCGUGUCACCGGGGGUAAUUCUUGGCAAGAAUUUUGUGCAUUUGCAGUUUUAGUUUAAUUUGAACCAACUAAAAUUUAAAUCAGAGUUUAAAGUUGUGGAUUGCGAUUAAAAAUUUCGAAAAUUUAUUCUGAUUUUGAACCUUUGUUGAAAUUUUCUCACUGUUAGCUCAAUAAUAACGCCAACUCCAUCACGUGUAAUUUCCAUUCAGUGCCUCUUCUUGAAUGUUCUCUGUUUAACUCGUUUAGUAAGAAUCCAUUUCAAGGCAUGAGAAAUACAUAUAUUGUACACCAAGCGACAAACUUGGUACUUUGUUCUAUAUGGAAAUUGAACAGGUUUACAUAGAACAUUGAACAAACUUUUUAAUACAGCGUCCAUCAAAAUAUUUCAAGAACACAUUUCUCUUCACAUACCUUCCUAAAAUUUGGCAGCACCGCACCAAAUAUUUAUGCCAGUUUUGGUGUAGUCAUUCGGCGUUGAACACUUUUCUUGUCACCAGUCAACGAAUAAACCAUUCACCUAGCUCAAGAAAUGAAUACUAUCACAAAAAUCAUAAAACCCAAAAGACAUAUAGGGGAGAUAAGGGCAUAAUGGCCACCUUAAGGAAAACGCUUAUUUAACCAUGGAGAUUAGCUAUAAUAUGUGGAUUACAUCAUUGUUUCGUGUUCAGACACUCAAAUAGUCUAUUCCCUAAUUGGAUGUUACUUGAAAAAGAAGAAUUAAAACGUUUAAAAAUGCAUAUUAAAUUUUUUUGCCAAAAGCUGAAAACCAGUCACUGUAGGGGCAUAAUGAGAACCCUCCUUGGGCAGUAUAAGCACCAUUAAUCAAGGCAAGAUGAGCGUUUUCUGCCGGGGAAUCUAGCAGCGAAUUCGACUCGAUAAAGUCAACUGAAUAAUAGAGCUUCAGCUUGACUAGUUUCAUCUGACGAUUAGGCAUUAGGUUGUCCCAAAAUUUCAUAACUUCUGGGAAUCUGGGGGCUCACCCUUCAAAUGGUAGAUUAGGAUGUGCAGAACAAACUUUUGUAUGGGGCCGACUGAAAAAAAAUAUGUUUGGAGGUUCCGCAAGCGCGAUCUUUGAAAAAAAUCCACUAUCAAAAGAUUUGAUUUUAAAUAAAUUCUGGGUCCAAAAAUUUUCAUAAAAUUUAUAUAUUUUAUAUUUUUUUAAUUUUGUCCGAGUUAAAUACUACACGUAAAAAUGAAAAAUGAACCAAACUUGUAUCAAAAUGUAAAACAAGCAAGCUAUUUCCAAGGAAAAAAAUUUUUUGGUCCAAAAAUUUUGAAUUCAACUGACCAAAAUGUGUACCAAGCGUAAAAUAUUUUUGAUACCAAUGCCAUCAAAAGAUGCGGAUUUUCAUGCACUUAAACUUUGCUGAACAAAACAUGUUGUUUGUAUCAUCGUGUGAAGAGCUAUUCACGGUUUAAUGCUUAAUAAAAAUCACAAUUUAGGAUAUUUUUUAAUUUAAUUUAUCAAAUUGUCAUAAUAAAUACCUACUUUAAAAUCAAAAUACUUGCAAAAAAAGACUUGGAUGGUUUAAGGAAGUCAUCAAAAGGCCGUAUGCCAAAUUUGAGCGGAAUCGGAAUCGGGGAUUCUGAGACAUAGUGUUCUAAAGAAGCAUAGAAAACUGUUUAUUCGUCAUACAUUUUUGUCUUUACCAAUCGAUUGCUUGAUUAUGUAGAUUUUAUUAAAAUUUCAAUUAAGACUAACAUUUCAUCUGAAGACUGCAACUCGAUUGGACUUACAAACAAAAAAGUUAUGACUGUUUCAAGAUUGUAUUUUUGUGGCAAAUUGUCGUUUAAUACACAAUGAGUACAUUUUACUCAUUACGUUUUACAGGACAAUUUGUAACCAAAAUACAAUCUUUGAACAGCCAUAACUUUUUUGUUUUAAGUCCAAUCGAGUUGCAGUCUUCAGAUGAAAUGUUAGUCUUAAUUGAAAUUUUAAUAAAAUCUACAUAAUCAAGCAAUCGCUUGGUGAAGACAAAAAUGUAUGAUGAAAAACCAGUUUUUUAUGCUUCUUUAGAACACUAUUUCUCAGAAUCCCUUUCACACUUGAGAUUCAGUGCAACCCCUUCCUGUUGUCCGAUUCCGCUCAAAUUUGGCAUAUGGCAUUUUGAUGACUUCCUUAAACCAUGUUGGACCCCGACGUUGUGUAAUUCCUAACGUCCCAGGUUUACGACGUGCAACGGUACUAGAUGGCAGGCUAACUCAGCUGAGGCGACAACCAAACUUGGUUGUGAACACUUUUCGAGGGGCUCAGAUAAAACACACCGGUAAUUGGAAACGAACUUUAUUACUUGGAAACGAACCUUACUGAGUAACGAUUGCGUCCUAACUAACUUUAUUGAAAUCAUUCUUACUCGCUAUACAUGACAGCUGGCGUUGAUCUGUGCAGUGUGUAUGUGGUUGUGUUGGUAUAAUUAUGGUUAACAAUACUAGGGAUGUCAGUGUUUUCUUGGGAGAUAAACUGCUCGAAUCCUAACAUCGUCCCCACCUUGAAAUACAUCAUUUCAAUAUUUUAGCCUACCUAGUUCAAUGAAUUACAUUCAAUGUGAACUGCUGCCAUAAAACUUAUUUCACUAAUACAAGAAUUCAAAACAUAAACAAAUGAUCAUCGCAUUUCACUUUACUGGACAUCUUUGGCUGCUGCAUCGUUGUCGGCUGGAUUUUCUUCGUUGGAUGGCAGGAUUUCUUCGUUGGAUGGCAGGAUUUCUUCGUUGGCUGGAUUCUCAUUCCCUGGUGCGUCGUCUGCGUUCAGUGCGGAAGCUUCUUCAGGGGUUUCUUGUGGAAGCAAGCAUACCUUCGUCACAGGACGCUUCACAAAACCCUUGGCUGUUUUGAGAGUAACAACUCGAAUCAAUCCAUCUUCGCCGGGAUGUACGGAAACGAUUCUUCCAAGUGGCCAUUUAACAGGAAUCUGAAACUCGUCGACAAUGGCCACCAGACGCCCAGGCUGCAAAUUUGUGUUAGGGUCACAAGUUUUCGUUUCACGCUGCAUCUCUUGAAGAUACUCGGUUCUCCAGUUGUGCCAAAAGUUCUGAUACAUCCGCUGCAGGUGUUGGUUAUGGUCAAGAAGAUUGAUCGGAACAUCACGAAUAUCAAAUUCUGGAACAGAUCCCAUAAGGUCGCCGAUGAGAAAAUGCCCAGGGGUCAAACAAGCAAAAUCGUUAGGAUCCUCGGACAUUUGGACUAAUGGGCGGGAAUUCAUACUGGCCUCGAUUUGCACCAAAACGGUUGUUAGAUCUUCGAAGCUUAGUUUGGAAUCACCUAACUGUCGGUACAUCUGCUUCUUGCAUACCUUUACUGCAGCUUCCCAGAGACCACCAAAGUGUGCUGCUUUAGGUGGGUUGAGAUGCCAGUUUAUACCUUCCGUUGCACAGUAAUCAAAAAAUGAUUCUGUGUCUGUCGCGUUUAGUUUUUGAAUAGCCUCCAGUUCAUUUUUGACUCCUAAGAAGUUCCUGCCAUUAUCGGAAUAAACGUGCGCUGGUGGGCCACGACGGCCAACAAAUCGACGAAAUGUAGCCAGGAAACCAGAUGAUGCUAAGUUGCUCACUAGCUCGAUGUGUACCGCCUUUGUUACAAAACAUACGAAGAUACAUAUGUACGCCUUAGUCGCAGCAGCUCGUUUAUGUGCAGGUUUUAUGUAGACCGGGCCGGCAAAAUCCACUCCUGUCACUGCAAAGGGUCUCUGCGGUGUCACUCGAUGUGCGGGUAGUUGGCCAGUUUGUUGAUUCUCUGGAGCGGGACUAGCUCGGGCGCAUCUAAAGCAGUUUCGCAUCACAUUACGAAUCGUUCUUCUUCCGUUGAUCGGCCAGUAUUUUUCACGCAUUGCAGCCAGAGUAACUCGGAUUCCACCAUGUAUAAGUUUGAAGUGAUAGAAUUUGGCAAUCAUGAUCGUAUAAGGGUGAAAGUUGGGUAAAAGUGCGGGGUGUUUAAAAUGGUAUGGCAAAUCUGAUAAGCGCAAUCUCCCUCCCACGCGAAGUACUCCAUCUUCAUCAACAAAGGGGCUGAGUUUUCGAAUUUUGGAAUGUUUCGAUAGGGUUCUGCCAGACUGGAGCUCCUUUAUUUCGUCACGGAAUCCAUCUGAUUGAGCUAGAUGCAAAAGACGAAGACGUGUUGCUGCUAAUUCGUCAGGAAGAAGCUGUUGGUCUUGUGAGGCGUGGGGAUCUGGUUGUGUGCGAGUUUUAUUUUUUGUAUUUCGGAAAAAGCGGAAACAGUAAGUUACUACUCGUGUGAGUCGGUUCAGACUUUUGAAGUUGGUGAAGAUUGGAGUAUAAGAGGUAGAACAAUUAACAGUGGCAACUACAAACUGCUUUCUACGUUCGGUUCCGUUUUCUGGAUACUCAGGAAUGCUCGAUAUCGGCCAUUUGUCUCUAGAUAAUGUGAGCCAAUGAGGACCAUAUUUCCACAGUGAACUUUCGAUGAAUUUAUCAAUGUUUUGACCCCUCGAUACUAGGUCAGCCGGGUUAGUUUUUCCAGGAACGUGGUCCCAACGAGAACCCUGAGUUUCGGUUUGGAUCUCUGAAACUCUGUUGGCCACAAAAGUCUUCCAAGUGUUGGGAGGUGCCCUGAGCCACUGCAGAGUUACCAUGGAGUCUGACCAAAAGAAGGAUUCCGAUAUCUGAAUUGCCAAGGCUCUUUUCACAGCUGUAAAUAGAUGUGCACCUGUUUCAGCAGCACAUAACUCUAAUCGUGGGAGUGUAAUCCUUCGUAGUGGAGCUAGUCGGGAUUUAGCAGCUAUUAAAUGAACAGAUACAUUUCCUUUGGAAUCAGUUGAUCUCACAUAAAUGCAGCAUCCAUACGCCAUCUCUGAAGCAUCGGUGAAGGUGUGCAAUUGGAUUUCAGAGCCAGGAAGUAAAACUAAUCGGUUCAGAUGGAAUUGUUGCAGUUUGGGAAGUUCAUCUACAUAUUGCUGCCACUUUUCUUUAAUCGAUUCGGAAACUUCAUCGUCCCAACCACAAGAAAGUAGAAAAAUUUGCUGCAUUAUCAUUUUGCCUCGUACGACUAUUGGUGCCACAAGUCCUAGCGGAUCGAACAACUGAGAAAUCGAAGAAAGAAUUGCACGUUUCGUCACCGUUCCUGCAGUCGGUUUCAAACGGGAAUCAAAACACAGAAUAUCCUUUUCCGGCUUCCAAACUAUGCCCAAAGUUUUCACACUCGUAUCAAAUUGAUGUGUGGGACGAGUGCCAAGCUUAUCAGGUGAUAAACCUUCUAAAAUUUUGAAAUCGUUUGAAGCAAAUUUUCGCAAAGUGAAUUUUCCCUUCUCUAGUAGAUGGAUGAGCUCGUCUCGUGUUUGCAAAGUCUCAGCUAUUGUUUCAGCUCCAUAAAUACAAUCAUCUAUGUAGAAGCCCUUGGUCAGGGCAGCUUUUCCCAAAGGGUAUCGAUGACCAUCUUCAUUUGCUAAUUGCAAAAGAGUGCGUGUUGCGAGGAAAGACGAUGGGCUUAAACCAUAAGUAACAGUCGACAGUUCAAAUUCUUGUAAUGGUGCAGUUUUAUCAAAUCUCCAAAAAAUUCUUUGCAGGGAAGUUUCAUCAGGAUGGAUGAGAACUUGACGAUACAUUUUCUCUAUAUCGGCAACGAUAACAAACGGAUAGGUUCUAAAUCGUAAGAUUAAUGAUAUAAGGUCAUCUUGUAUCACAGGACCCACUAACAAAGCGUCGUUAAGGGAGUAACCGGAUGAAGAUUUUGCUGAACCGUCAAAGACAACUCUUGUUUUCGUUGUGGUACUGUCUUCUUUGAAAACUGAGUGGUGUGGGAGGUAGAAUACGUUGUUUGAUUGAGGAGAGUUUGGAUUAACUUGUUGCAUGUGUCCUAAAGCAAUAUAUUCUCGCAUGAAUUCAUGAUAUGCCAUUUUCAAAUUUUCAUCAGCCUCUAACCGUCUUUCUGUAGAAAAAAAUCGUUUCAUGGCAUUGGUCCGGGACUCCCCUAUCAUGUUGUCGAAAUCAUCAUGUCGUGGCAUUCGUACAACAUACCUUCCAUCUGCUUGGCGGGAAACAUGAUUGGUGUAAUGCGUUUCACAUGUUUUCUCUUGGGCAGUGAGAUUCGAUCGAACAAUCGGCUCCUCUAACAGCCAAAAUUUUUCCAAUGCUUGCUCCAGUGAAAUAAGUGACAUAACCUCGACGUGACAUGCUGUUUUCAAGUUUGAUUCCGUUUCCAGAUUCGCUGCUCCACACACUAACCAACCGAAUACGCUGUCGACCAACAUUGGCAAAGAUGGACCAAGAACAAUUCUAUCGGUGGUUUUGAAUAAUGAAAAGAAAUGUUCGUUGCUUAUCAAAAUAUCGAUCUCUUUGCUUUUGAAGAACUGUGGGUCGGCUAAUUGUAUGUGGCAGGGAACGUUCCAUCGAUCUACUGAAAUGUCAUGGGACGGUAGUUUUGGUGUUAGCUUUUCAAGAAUUACAAAGUCAACGUCAAUUUGAAAAUCUUCCUUCAGAGAUCGUAUUUGUGUAGCGACACUAUGUUUGGCUCUUUUAGGUUGGUCUCCAACACCUUUUACAAUCAAAUUAACAUAUUUUCUUUGCAGGCAAAGGGUUUGGGCCAGCUUACUGCUUAUCAAAUUGACUUGAGAUGCACAGUCAAGAACUGCUCGAGCCAAAUGUUCUCUCCCAUAGCAAUCAACGAUAGUUACAAUCGCAGUGGGCAUGAAAAUACAUUUCCCAGCAACAUUAACGUGCAAGCAUGAUGACGUCUCUGAAGCAAUUUCUUCUUCGCCAUUCGUGAUGUUGACAGAGUGGACGUUUCUCGCCGGACGAGACUCACCGGUUUCGCUAACAUAACCUGGAUGUAACAUUGAGUGGUGGCGGCCGUGACAUAUUCGACAACUUUCAUGAUUGGGACAGUUUCUCACUUGAUGGGUACGACGAAAACAGUUGAAACAUAGACGUUUGGAAUUCACCACGUUCAAUUUUUCCUCAAGAGACAUCCUCGUAAAGGUUGGACAUUUCAUCAAGGGAUGACUCUGAUCACAUGCAUGACAUUUGAGUGAAUUGGUGCCUGCAUAAACCCCGGAGUUAUAUCGCAUAGGAGCGGAAAUUUGAUUACACACAGCGGAGCGUUGCGAAGGAGGAGAAUGAUUAACGGUUAUUGAUUCCAAUACACGAUUUCGUCUAUGCAAAAAUUCUAUCAGCCCUGAGUAUGUCGGUUGGGUCAAAUUUGACGCAAAAUCUUCCCACGCCUUCAAAGUUUCAUCGUGCAAACGAUUGCAAAGCAUAUGCUCUAAAAUAGUGCUCCACUGUUCAGUAGGCUCUCCCAUUUGAUUCAAUGCCUUCACGUGUCUUUCAAAAAUGUCUACAAUUCUAUGCAGCGAAUCGGCAGUUUCAACUUUCAUUUUUGGAACAUCGAACAGCUCUUGUAACCGCUUCUUCUUCAUCACGUAGUCAUUCGAAUAUCGAUCAACUAAAGCUUCCCACGUAGACUGGUAGUCUGCUGCGCUGAUAUCUAUGGAUUCGAUCAACUGAGAUGCUUCACCUUUAACUGCUGCUUUGAGAUAGUGGAAUUUUUGGAUAUCAGGGACAUCGGGAUUAUUGUGAAUCAGGGCAAAAAAUGUGUCAUAGAAACCACGCCAAUCCUUGUAAUCGCCGGAGAACUCAGGUAAAGAAAUUGUCGGCAACUUCAAACCCCUAAGACCAGAACCAUUCUGAGGGAAAUUGUGGAGAGGGAGAUUCGCGUUUGGUAAGUUGGUGCUAGGAAUUUUUGAAAGCAACCCAGCUUUUAUUUUAAAGAAAAGCUUUUCAAAGGACGAUCGAGAUAUCAGAUUGCGUGCCAUACCUGCUUCGGUUCUCUCAAGUUCCUCAAGCGUCGUCUGAACAGUUUCGAACUGUUGCCGCAGGUUGUCCAAAUCCUCUAAGCGCACUGCGACCUCAAGCUUGUCCCGCUCCUCGAUGAACUCGGCCAGGAACUUGUCAGCUCUUCCUAAUGAGGCAACCAGUGUUGAACGUCGUAGUGUGGCACGCUCCUUCUUAUUUGCUUCCUCCAUCUCUAUCUCGCAAUUCAGGAUACCAAAGGGUAGGUCGAAAUCUGCCAAAUAUUGAGACCAGGUAGACCUGACUAUUGAAAUUAAGAAGCUUGGAGAGGUACGUACCUGUCUCAAAGCAAAUUAUGCCUUGAAAUAUAUAAUUUAAACUCCUUCUACCGAUGGCGUGGCGAUUGUGAAGCGUAGUAUAGUAUGAUACAACGUAGAAAAUAUGCGGCGCGUGGCAGCACGUUUAGUGGUGAUAUUUCCAACGACGAUAAAUAUUCGCUCGAAAGAAAGAAAAGAUCUAAAGGGCACCCGUUGGACGCGUUAAAGGCAUUGGACAGGAAAUUACCUGAAGCCUAAAUUAAAUAGGCCUUGUAUGAUUUAAAUCUUUUCACGCGUUGGGGCGUAGAGUAUGUCCUUAUGAACUUCUGGUCCGGUUUGGUUCGUAUCGGUGUAAUAGCAGCAGCCCUCGAAAGAAAGGAAACGGAUCUAAAGGGUACCUGAGUAAAUCAGGAAAGGCAUUGGACAGAUAAUUACCUGAUGCCUUAUUUUUAAAGGCCUUGUAUUCAAAUAAUUUCUGCUUGGCACGCUCAGUACAAUGAUGGCGGCUUUACAAUAGGUAUUAACAACCCGUAUUGAAAGCAAACAAUGAUGGCAUAGGGAUACAAAAUGGCGGUCUGAGCAUCAUAGGGAAUCUGCACGGAAAUUUGGCGGCACAAUCCUGGUCACGGCACCAAAAUAUGUUGGACCCCGACGUUGUGUAAUUCCUAACGUUCCAGGUUUACGACGUGCAACGGUACUAGAUGGCAGGCUAACUCAGCUGAGGCGACAACCAAACUUGGUUGUGAACACUUUUCGAGGGGCUCAGAUAAAACACACCGGUAAUUGGAAACGAACUUUAUUACUUGGAAACGAACCUUACUGAGUAACGAUUGCGUCCUAACUAACUUUAUUGAAAUCAUUCUUACUCGCUAUACAUGACAGCUGGCGUUGAUCUGUGCAGUGUGUAUGUGGUUGUGUUGGUAUAAUUAUGGUUAACAAUACUAGGGAUGUCAGUGUUUUCUUGGGAGAUAAACUGCUCGAAUCCUAACAAACCAUCCAAGUCUUUUUUUGCAAGUAUUUUGAUUUUAAAGUGAGUAUUUAUUAAGACAAAUUUGAUAAAUUAAAUAAAAAAUAUCCUAAAUUGUGAUUUUUAUUAAGCAUUGAACCGUAAAUAGCUCUUCACACGAUGAUACAAACAACAUGCUUUGUUUAGCAAAGUUUAAGUGCAUGAAAAUCCGCAUCUUUUGAUGGCAUUGGUAUCAAAAAUAUUUUACGCUUGGUACACAUUUUGGUCAGUUGAAUUCAAAAUGUUUGGACCAAAAAAAUUUUUUUUCUUGGAAAUAGCUUGCUUGUUUUACAUUUUGAUUCUAAUUUGGCUCAUUUUUCAUUUUUUACGUGUAGUAUUUAACUCGGACAAAAUUAAAAAAAUAUAAAAUAUAUAAAUUUUAUGAAAAUUUUUGGACCUAGAAUUUAUUUAAAAUCAAAUCUUUUAAAAUGGACUUUUUUCAAAGAUCGCGCUUGCGGAACCUCCAAACAUAUUUUUUUUCAGUCAGCCCCAUACAAAAGUUUGUUCUGCACAUUCUCAUCUACCAUUUUGAGGGUGAGCCCCCAGAUUCCCAGAAUUUAUGCAAUUUUGGGACACCCUAUUAGGCAUAUUGGUAUCGGUGUCGGAGAGGUUAUCAGUAGACUUGAGUUCGAUUCCUGGUCAAGGUGUUUUUUUUUCAUUUAUCAUUCAUGAUCGAUGCAUUUUGCACUAAACGGUGAGGCGUAGAUUCAUCAAACAAAGCAAUAACAAAAUAAUCUAGGUCUGUUUGUAGAAUUCAAAGAAUUAACACAUGCUCAUACAUUAUGUUUCUGGUGUUUUGUUUGACGGAUGAUUCUACUAGCCGUAGAAUGUAACAAUCAAAAAAAUAAAUCAUGAAUGGUAUGUGCAAAAAAAAUCCCCUCGAACAGGAAUCGAACUCGAGUCUACUGAUUACCUCUCCGACACCUUACCAAUAGGCCAAAUCGGCAGAUGAAACAAGUCAAGCUGUAGCUCUAUUAUUCAGUUGACUUCAUCGAGUCAAAUUCGCUGCUAGAAUGAACGGCAGAAAACGCUCAUCUUACCCUGAUUAAAAGUGCUCUGUUCGCCCCAGGUCAACAAAUUUAAGUAAAAACGCGUUUUAAAAUUGAUUAAAGUGAAAAAUCAAAAAAAAAAUUAUGAUGGUGAAAAUUGAGAAACAAUAUGUAAAUCAUGUUGCAGUGCGUACAUUUCAGAUCAAGAUGUUUUAAAGGUCAUCAAAGCUUAUUUGGUGGUGCUAAAAAAUUAUAAUAUUUUCGUCAUUUGAGAAUCUAAUUGGUUAUUAUUUGAUAUUUCUGUAAAGAUGAAAAGGAUAUUUCUUUUUUGGUGAAGAAUUAAUACUAUAGGUAGUACGAAACAAAUCCUCAUGAAAAUUUGUUUAAG